AAUUAACAGGCUGUCUACCGUACAUUCCUUUCCCUAGUCCAACCCCAUCCUCUUCGCCACCGGCUUUCUCCCUCACGCGCUGAGGUCGCAGAAAUCAUCCCAGGCCGUGAGCUGAUGAGCUCAGUCAGUUGCAAGGAAUGUUGCCAAGUCGGUCGGGAAGGGUAUGAAAAUGAGCUGAUACCAGCAGAGUCUCCUCACCUCACUAAAUUCACUUUACAUGCCCCUAAGAUGGUAUGUACGAGAUUCUUGUAGAGGUGGAGUUUGAAAAUGAGUAUCAUUUGUCAGCUGAGUAUCUCAGAAUUUAUAGCCCAGCAGCUGAUAGUAAAAUCCGUUCGGUUGGGGGUGAAAAGGUACAAUAACAAGAGACUGCACUGCACAACUGUUUCUUCUUGCAUGAUAAAUUUGAUCCCUGGGGGAGUUGGAUUAGUUGUGGAACCAUGGUAAUGUAUGUGUUCAGGUGAUAUGUGGGAGGCGCUAUGUUGGGAUGAUGUCAGCAGAGCCGAUAGGGAACUACGGCGUGAGGUUGUUGUUUGAUGACAUGCACAAGACUGGCAUCUUUACAUAUAUGGGAUUACUUGUUUCAUCUCGGGAGCAACAAGUUCCCUCUCAUGAGAAAUUACAUCAAGACUGAGCCGCGAUCCCCAACCACUGGUUAGAAGAACAAAGUGACAUAGAUUCUUGUACUCACCAGUCACCACAGUUGAUUGAACAACAUUGUAUGACUGCAUUUGUACGUGUCUGCUCUCUUGUGUGUUCUCAGACAAUCAACCGGUAACAUGUUGCCUUGAGUAUAUAUAAACCUUAAUUAAAGAAAUGGAUUUAAUAAGUACAGCCUUUUAUUGCCUUGUCUACAUCAUUGUGGCUGAAAGAGCAAGCUUGGGACCGCCCAGUCUAGGCUGUAAAAUGAUAUUUUAUUGUGAUGUUUUCCAAACAAUAUACUCCGUUAUUAAUAUUUUCGAAUGGGCAGAAGCUUUUAUCUUGAUGCACCAGGAGGAAAAAUGCUGCAGGUUUUUGAUGCUAUUAUGGAGCAUAUGGCAGGCUAGAAAUGAGGUAUUGUGGAAGAAGUCUCCUGCUGGUGUAGGGAGUAUUAUUGCAGUGGCUGAUGCUUUCCUUGAUGGAUGGAGAAGGGCUCAAAUGACAGCCUCAAUAGUAGGAAGUAUUGCAGCAGCUCCCAAGCAUUGGAUUAAACCGAGAGAGGGUCGUUUAAAGGUCAACGUGGACGCUGCGGUGAAGGUAGAGGGGGACUGCAGCAGGUUGGGUUGGGUGGUAAGGGACUAUACAGGGUCUUUUAUUGUCGGGGGAAUGAAGAAAAGUCCUGGAGCUUGCCAACCUCGCGAAGCUGAAGCCCUUGCGAUAAGGGAGGCCAUCAGUUGGCUUAGGGAUUAUGGCUUUGAUUUUAUUGACGUGGAAUGUGACGCUAACUAGGUUAUCAAGAGUAUUCAGGAUAGUUCAGAUGAAUCAUCCUUCAGGGUCAUUAUUAAUGAUGUAAGAGAUAUUAUGACUAGUUUCACUAGCAUUUCUUUUUCUGAUGUGAAACGGUCAGCGAAUCAGGUUGCUCACGAAUUAGCGAGGGCAGCCGUUUCUAUGUCUGAUUGCUAUGUGUGGCAUACCACACCUCCAUAUUGUAUUCUGUAAUCCUUAAACUUUGAUUUGAUUAAUAAUAUAUAGUUCGACUUUCUUAAAAAAAAAUAUUUUCCAAA